AUGGCUACAGGAGUCACUAAAGUACCCAUUCCCCGCCGGGGGGUCGAUUAUCGCGGCAAGGUCGUUCUCGCGCCCAUGGUGCGAUCGGGCGAGCUGCCUUCGCGCUUGCUUGCCCUCAAGUACGGCGCGGAUUUGGUCUGGGGUCCCGAAACGGUAGAUCGAUCCAUGAUCGGAACGACGCGCAGAGUGAACGAUUCCGCCGGAACGAUCGAAUGGACACGGCCGCCGUCGCACGGCCAGAAAGAGAAGCCCGAGGAUGCAAGAGAGAGCGUCAUCUACAAAAUGCACCCUGCGCGGGAGGGCGAAAAAUUGAUCUUUCAGAUGGGCACGUGCGAUCCCGACCGCGCCGUCGCCUGCGCGAGACUUGUCGCCGCAGACGUCCGCGGUAUUGAUGUGAAUGCUGGGUGCCCGAAGCCUUUCAGCACGACCGGAGGUAUGGGUGCAGCCUUACUACGAACGCCGGAUAAACUUUGCGCGAUCCUCGAGGCGCUUGUCCAGAACAUUACCCCCGAAUUCGAAAUCGGCAUAAGCGUUAAGAUACGGAUUCUUGAGACAGCCGCGGAAACGGAGGCGCUUGUGAGGCGGCUCUGCGCGACGGGUAUUACGGGUCUCACGGUUCAUUGCCGAACGACGCCGAUGAGACCCCGUGAAAAGGCGAUUCGAGACCAGCUGCGCAUGAUUGCGGAUGUUUGUCGUGAGGCUGGAGUCGCGUGCUUGAUGAACGGAGACGUUGAGACGCGGGAUGAGGGCCUCAGACUUGCGGCAGAGUACGGAGCCGACGGCGCCAUGAUUGCGGUCGCCGCCGAGAAGAACUCGAGCUGUUUUCGCAGUGAAGAAGAUGGCGGUCUUGCACCGUGGCGAGAUGUGGUUGCAGACUAUGUCAAGAUAUCCAUGGAGGUCGAGAACAAGUUUGGCAACACUAAAUUUGUUCUUGCAAACAUGGUUCCGGGCAAGCAGAUGGUCCAUGGCCCCAUAACACAGUGCAAGUCGUACACAGAUGUGUGCGAACGCCUGGAGCUUGAUCAUCUUCUCGAGAAAGCCAGGGCUGCUGACAUGGCUGUCGGGUUGGGAGAGUUUGCUACUGCAGCAAAGAAAAAGGAUAAGAAAGCGAACGUGGCGGCCCUCGCUGCGGGCGGCAAUAUGGCUCAGGCGAGGAAGGUCAAGAAGGACGAGAACAAGAGUGCUGGAAAGCCUUCUCACCCAGCAGAAACUGCCCGGCCACCGGAAGCCUGCCAGUCAGCAGUUGCGGCUUCGUCGGCGUAG